ACGACGACUUUGCUUAUAUCCAUGUCAUCGCUCCAGUUGGCUCAUCAACAUUCGUGUCCUUUUUUCAACUGAAACCGUCUUUUAAGCGAUGAAUUGAUCAAUUACUUUACAGUUAUUUUAUUAGACUUUCUCCGUCAGGUAAGAUUUAACGACCGUCGUUAAAGUGAAGGCGUUGACCUGAUCCAAAGCUAAAGUCAACACGAUAACCCACGAUCAGAACCGCUCGGAAAGUGUCAGUUUCGUAAAUAGCAGUGAUGAUGAAGGGCAGUGGCGGGAACUAGACGACCGGCCACCGACCGGAACGUUUAUAUGCGGGCGAAGGGAAUGAAGAAUUCAGAGGGAAGAGAGCGAGUUGUGACGAUUGCCCACAACCAUAAAUGCAAAGAAAUGAAGACCCACCAUCCCCUCAGAUUCAAACCCAAAAAAAAAUGCGAUCUUUUUGCCUAUUUUCAACUUGAGUUUUCUUUCCCUUUUACUUCGCCGGAAUCUGAACUCGAUCGCCCUCCGGCCAACCCAUUCUUUGUUUCUAUUUGCUUUCUCAUUUUUGCCCUUUAGAUCUAUCUCUGUUUGAAAGAUCAGGAUCGCCAGUGGCAAUACUUCUGAUCGAAUUCCCCUAUUUAUUUACUUUUUUUGGCUGGGUUCUGAGAUUAGGCUACAUUCUUUAUUUUAUUAAUUUUUUCCCCAAAAUAUUUUCUUUCCUCCUCUCUCUCUCUCUAACGAUCUUCUCGCGCCUGGCCCUAGGGUUAGUCUUCGAAUCUUCCUGUUUCGGAGGGGGAGGCUCAUAUAGGUUUGAAUUGGGAAUUGGGGAUAUCGUUGGUUUGAGUUAUUUUGGAGAUAUGAGCUGGUUUUCUUGCAUACGUCCCCGUCGUAAAGACGCCAGCAAGGUCGAAAUCGACAACGGUAUGGGAGUCGGAGGGGGAACUCCUAUUCAAAUGACAUUGGAAAGGGGAAGGAAUCACAACCCAGCAAUGGAAACAACCGGAAAUGUGGGGCUGCCCGAAGCUUCCCAUUUCGCGAGUUAGCCAUGGCCACGAGAGGCUUCAAGGAAGUUAACUUGAUUGGUGAAGGCGGUUUUGGAAGAGUUUACAAAGGACGACUAGGAACAGGCCAGCUCGUUGCAAUUAAACAACUCGACCGUAAAGGUCUUCAGGGAUAUCAGGAAUUCAUCGUCGAAGUUCUCAUGUUAAGUUUAUUAGAUGAUAGUAAUCUUGUCACCUUGAUUGGUUAUUGUACUGAUGGAGAUCAAAGACUGUUGGUCUACGAGUAUAUGUCGAUGGGAAGCUUGGAAAACCAUCUUUUUGGCUUGUCCCCCGAACGACCGCCAUUGAGUUGGAACACUCGAAUCAAGAUUGCUCUUGGUGCAGCCCAGGGGCUUGAGUAUCUUCACUGCACAGCCAAUCCACCGGUCAUCUACCGUGACUUGAAAUCUGCAAAUAUUUUGCUGGAUGAUGACUUCAAUCCAAAGCUCUCAGAUUUCGGCCUUGCGAAGUUAGGACCGGUUGGUGACAACACUCAUGUUUCCACCAGAGUAAUGGGAACACAGGGUUAUUGUGCUCCGGAGUAUGCCAUGAGUGGCAAACUCACCCUUAAGUCUGAUAUUUAUUGCUUUGGUGUAGUUCUGUUGGAGAUAAUUACAGGUAGGAAAGCUAUAGACUCCACCAAGAAACCAGGAGAGCAAAAUCUGGUUGUUUGGUCUCGCCCUUUCCUAAAAGACCGGAGGAAGUUCAUUCAAUUGAUCGACCCGCUGCUCGAAGGUCACUACCAUCUUCGUUGUGUACAUCAUGCAAUUGCAAUUGCUGCAAUGUGUCUCCAGGAGCAGCCAACGUUCCGGCCAAUUGUCAGUGAUAUCGUUGUUGCCCUUGAGUACUUGGCUUCUCAGAGUUACGGAUCAGAACAACCGAGGGACGAGGUGCCUAGUCCCUCCAAACCAUCUCCUCAAAAGGACAGGCGUUCCCCUGUUCAAGCAUCGAGACGUGGAAAGAAUUCAAGAUUCAUGUAAGGGUGGUUGCUGUACAAGUCUUCGUAUGGCUGUGGAAGAUGCAUUUGCAGUUUCCAGCGUUAGCAAAACCCGGGCAACUACAAAUAUGCAAGCAAUCCACAUGCAUUUUUGAGUGCCAAUAUCUCCCCUUCGAUGGCCGUUGCACAUAUUUCAGGUAAUACAGAUUCUUGGCUGCAAUACGGACUACAUCAACUAGUCUCAGUUCACUUCAUCAUCAUCUCAUCUUUUCUGAUUUCCAUCAUUCUCAGUUCACUUAAAAAAUAUAUAUAUAUAUUUCUUUAAUAUGGGCUUAUCAAGAGCAGUGAAGCCAGCCCAUAUGAUGAUGACCCACAUAAUUCAUAUAUGUAUAUAAUGUAAUCAACUGAUAAUAAACUUGGUGAAAGGAAGUGAUUGACAUUUGACUAACUCAACUCUAGAGGUUUGACUUUGA